CUGCUGGUUCCGCCACCUGUCCUAUUUCACCCCUGCAGGAAGCGGGAGAAACAGACUCUCUCGGCUGUCUGCUGUCCGGGGAGGCACCACUCCCUUCAACAUAGCCUUUCGGAGAGGGCAGCGGCAGGCCUGGGGAUGGCCUUGGGAGGUCCCGCCUGACUGCCCCGCUGAUGCCCCUGCAGCCGUCCGAGCACCCGGAAUGGAAUGAGUCUAUGCACUCCCUCCGGAUCAGUGUGGGGGGCCUUCCUGUGCUGGCGUCCAUGACCAAGGCUGCGGACCCCCGCUUCCGCCUCCGCUGGAAGGUGAUCUUGCUAUUCGUGGGGGCCGCCAUCCUCUGGCUGCUCUGCUCCCACCGCCCGGCCCCCGGCAGGCCCCCCACCCAUAAUGCACAUAACUGGAGGCUCAGCCGAGCGCCCGCCAACUGGUACAAUGACACCUACCCCCUUUCCCCCCCACAAAGGACGCCGGCUGGGGUUCGGUACCGGAUUGCAGUUAUCGCUGACCUGGACACAGAGUCCAGGGCCCCAGAGGAGAAUACCUGGUUCAGUUACCUGAAAAAGGGCCACCUGACCCUGUCAGACAGCGGGGACAGGGUGGCCGUGGAGUGGGACAAAGACCACGGGGUCCUGGAGUCCCACCUGGCGGAGAAGGGGAGAGGCAUGGAGCUCUCUGACCUGAUCGUGUUCAAUGGGAAGCUCUACUCCGUGGACGACCGGACAGGGGUCGUCUACCAGAUCGAAGGCAGCAAAGCCGUGCCCUGGGUGAUUCUGUCCGACGGCGAUGGCUCCGUGGAGAAAGGCUUCAAGGCCGAGUGGCUGGCGGUGAAGGACGAGCGUCUGUACGUGGGCGGCCUGGGCAAGGAGUGGACGACCACCACGGGCGACGUGGUGAACGAGAACCCGGAGUGGGUGAAGGUGGUGGGUCACAAGGGCAGUGUGGACCACGAGAACUGGGUGUCCAACUACAAUGCUCUGCGGGCCGCUGCCGGCAUCCGGCCACCAGGCUACCUCAUCCACGAGUCUGCCUGCUGGAGCGACACACUGCAGCGCUGGUUCUUCCUGCCACGCCGCGCCAGCCAAGAGCGCUACAGCGAGAAGGACGACGAGCGCAAGGGCGCCAACCUGCUGCUGAGCGCCUCCCCCGACUUCGGCGACAUUGCCGUGAGCCACGUCGGGGAGGUGGUCCCCACGCACGGCUUCUCGUCCUUCAAGUUCAUCCCCAACACCGACGACCAGAUCAUCGUGGCCCUCAAGUCCGAGGAGGACAGCGGCAGAGUGGCCACCUACAUCAUGGCCUUCACGCUGGAUGGGCGCUUCCUCCUGCCGGAGACCAGGAUCGGAAACGUGAAGUACGAAGGCAUCGAGUUCAUUUAGCUCAAAGCAGGGAGACGCUGGGCAAGGCCGUCAGGACUCAGCUUUUAUAAAAACCAGAGGAGGGCACUUCUGUUUUGAUUUGUGCUUUUUGGAACUGUGCCUGGGUUGGAGGCCUGGACAGGGAGCCCGAUGCCGGGCUGGGCAGGGGCGCUUCUGAACGCCCCAUGCUGCCCUCUGCUGGUGAGAUUGGUCACUUUGGGCAUUGAGUCAAAGCCUGCGGGCGUGGCCAGGCCCUUUUCCAUCUGACCUCCAUUGUUUUCUACGUUCUUUUGUUCAGUAAAUAUUCCUGGAGCUCCUACCCUAUGUCAAGCACUGUGCCUCACCCCGAGCACACAGUGAGCAUAAGGUGGACCUGCCUGCUGGGGACCCCUAGGUCACACCCUUUUCUUCCUCGUCUGAGCCUGGGGCAUCAUGUCCAGCCCUGCAGAUCCUUGGAAAAGAAAAUGUUUACAUUGCAGGGCAUUGCAUGGCCAUGAGCGAGAGCGAGGGCAGGCCCCUGAGGACACAUCUCCCACAGCUGCACAGGCAGGCCUCAGAUAAAUCCAUCUCCACUUCAUCUGGCCAGGGACUGCUUUCUCCCUUCAGGAGAAUUCUGGGGCCAUGUAGCACUUCGAAGUUUUAAUGAUUAACCUGUUUUCACUGAAGCAGUUUCGUUUCUUAUGAAGCGAAUCACCACCUCUUAUCACGCAGAGCCAAGUCCAGCCCGCUCCAGCCGCAGAGGGGAUUGGCAGGACGCAGUGACAGUUGGUGAACCAAGCGUCAGGUUUCGGAGUUCUUGGCCAGCGGAUACAAAGAUAAAAUGUUGCCUUUUCCCAGCAACUGUCAGAAAUUGUCACGCCUUUCAGGACUUUUAUGAGCGACUUGAAUUUUUUAUUCCCUGCCUUGGGGUUUCUGGUGGCUUCAGGUGACCCGUGGCCCCAGGGCUCCUUUGUCCUGGGGAGGGUCUGUGAAUGAGGCCUGUCACUUCUCUGGGGUUUCUUUCCAUGGCCUCUGUUUCUCUGCAGCCUCUUCUCUGUGGAAACCUCACAUGAGCGCUGGCCAGGCUGCUGUCUUCCAGGCACUCCAGGGCGAAGGCAGAGUGGGAGUUGAGAUCGAGGUCAGGCGGUCAGGCAUGACCCAGGCUGAGAAGGGCGUUUCCGUCAUCUCAGUGCUCUUGCACAGCACUACCUCACCCCAACCCCCACCCCCACCCUGACCCCACCCCCGGCCAUCAGAGGGGCCAUGCUGGGUGGGAGGGUGAGGCUCUGGCUGCCCCUGUGCCCGUCCCUCACAAAUCUCUCUUGAAACUCAAGCACAGCUGUGAGGAGGGCAGCCAGGAGGGACCCCUCUGGAGCUGGUUGUCUGUUUCCCUCUGUGUCAUAAGUAGCGGAGGAAGUGAACGCUGAAUGUGACACGUUUCUGAAGAGCUCAGCUCCCACCGGGCGUAGCCUGGAAGCCCCAAGUCUGUCCUGACUUUCGUGGCUGUGUCUCUGACCCGCCUCCUUGAUCACUGUCCUUGAUGUCCAGGCUGGGUCAUGUAAAACGGAGAUGCAGUCGGGAAGGCUGGGGGACCUGAGACCUUGCCGAGGUAUUCCCGUCAGCGCCUGAGCCACAGCCCAGGUGCCCGGGAGCAGCCUCGUCACAGGCAGUGAUCUGCCAUUACUCUAAAGCUCACCUUUUUCUUCCCCUCUCUGUUUGCUGCUGUCAGCAUAAUGAUUGUGUUCCUUCCCUACGGGAUCCGUCAGUUUUGUAAACAAUAAAGCGUCUGAGGGAGUGUA